AUGGCUGAUGAUGAAGAAGAGAAGGAGUAUCGGUGGGAGACUGGUUAUGAAAAGACCUGGGAAGCAAUUAAGGAAGAUGAUCAUGGAUCUUUGGAAGCAUCUAUUGCCGAUAUUAUUCACAAUGCCAAAAGAAAAAGACAGUUGGAUAAAAAGAUUGGUGCUAGAUUGGGGAUGAUGAGGCAUCUUUAUGUAAUUCUUGAUGCUUCUGAAUCAAUGUCUAAUCAAGAUUUGAAACCAACUCGUUUGUUAUGUUCCUUAAAGCUCCUAGAGGAUUUUAUCGAUGAAUUUUUUUAUCAAAAUCCUAUAAGCCAGUUAGGAGUAAUUGUUACAAGAAAUAAAAGAGCCGAAAAAGUUGGUGAUUUGACUGGGAACUCCAAAAAACAUGUUAGGGAAUUAAAAGCAAUGCAGCAACUUCAACCAGCAGGUGAACCAUCAUUACAAAAUUCCUUGGAACUAGCUUUAAAAUCCUUAAGGCUCCUACCAUCACAUGCUAGCAAAGAAAUACUAGUAAUUAUAGGUGCUCUUACAACGUGUGAUCCAGGAGAUAUUAAUGAAACUAUACAAAGUCUGAAAACAGACGGUGUAAGAUGUAGUGUGAUAGGACUGGCUGCUGAGUUAUUCAUCUGUAAAAGAAUGGCCACUGCAACUGGUGGGGAGCACGGUGUUGCAUUGGAUGAUAAACACUUCAAAGAGCAGUUGAACAUGCAUAUAGACCCACCACCAACUGCAACAAGAUUGGACGCUGCUCUCGUGAAAAUGGGUUUUCCCCAUCAUGCUUUGCAGUCUUCUGGAACUGAUACAUCCAUAGCAGUGUGCAUGUGUCAUGCAGAAGGCUUGGAUGAAUCUGCUGUGAAACUUACAAGCACAGGAUACCUCUGUCCACAGUGCCUCAGUAAACAUUGUGAACUUCCCGUAGAGUGUAGAGCAUGUGGACUUACCUUGGUAUCUGCUCCUCAUUUAGCUCGGUCUUAUCAUUAUUUAUUCCCUGUUGAGGCGUUUAAAGAAGUGCCAUUUGAGGGGACACCUUCGAAUUGUUACGGUUGUCAAAAAGUUUUGUCACAAAAAGAUAAGAAGGUUUACAUUUGUAACAAAUGUAAUCAAACAUUCUGUUUGGACUGUGAGAUAUUUAUUCACGAAUCUCUACACACGUGCCCAGGCUGUGCUACAAAUCCAGACACAUAUCACAGGUCGGCUGAAAGAACUUAAUA